AUGUUGUUUGAAUUGUCAACAGUGAAUGAAGUAAACAACGUUGAGCAAUUGUUUCCACAUCGACAAAUCCUGUGUCUUGUUUUCAGCGCUUGUUUCUGGUUAAUUGAGUACGAUAAUCAAUUGGGCGGAUGUCUUUUCCCUUUAACAUUGAAUUCAUUUGACAAUGCCGAGCUAUUGUGCAACUCUUACGGAGGACAUUUGAUCUCCGUGCACAACGCUUUUGAUAAUGGACACAUUGUGCAACUAGCAAAUGCUUGGGGCUAUCCAUCAUUUUAUUUGGGAACACGACGUGGAAAUAAUGGCUCAUUUUUCAAUGUUGAUGGAACGCCGGCCAACUAUUUUAAUUGGGCACCAGGUCAUCCAACAACGGAUAACUGUGUGCUGGAGCUCGUUCCCGAUGCUCAAUCUAUCUCUGUCAGUUGCUACGAUGCACAAACGUCCAUGUGUUUUGUGAAACAAACGACCGUUGGACCGCCAACUGUCCCCUCUAUUGGCCAAUGCCCUGUUGGAUGGAGUUAUUUCGCUGAAACCGGAUACUGCUACUAUGCCGGUAUGGGAGCUAGCUUCUACGAUGCGCAAUCUCGUUGCCAAUCGAUGAACGCGAAUUUGGCUUCAGUGCAUAGUGAUCUCGAGAAUUACUUCAUUUUGGGUCUAACAAUGCAAUAUUCGAGAGAUUGCCUUCCACCAUAUAAUAGUGUUUGGCUUGGAGGACUCAACUCCGGUGGGAAUUGGUAUUGGCUUGACGGGACGAUUUUCGAUUUCCGAAACUUUUAUGGAUCCGAUCAAAGCUCAGGAUCACUUUAUAUGACUGCUCAAAUCGGUUGCGGGGAUUUCACAUUUUGGCGAAUCGGCGCCUCGAAUCUCAUCCAAACGUACUAUGUGUGCAAAAAAGUGGCCGGAAUCUCG